GGAUUAGCAAGUCAGUCAUCAAAACAAUGUCCAUCAUGGAUUUUGAAAAGGUUAAUCUUGAAUUAAUAGAGGCCUUAUUGGAGUGGAUUGUGGAUGGAAAGCACUGCUACCCUCCAGGUGCUAUACUUGUAUUUUUACCGGGACUAGCAGAGAUCAAAAUGCUUUAUGAACAGCUACAGUCUAAUUCUCUUUUCAACAAUAGAUAUGGUAAUCGAUGUGUUAUUCACCCACUUCAUUCGUCUUUAUCCAGUGAAGAGCAACAGGCUGUGUUUGUAAAACCUCCUAUAGGUGUAACUAAGAUUAUUAUUUCCACCAACAUUGCUGAAACAUCCAUAACCAUUGAUGAUGUUGUCUAUGUCAUUGAUUCUGGGAAAAUGAAAGAAAAGAGAUAUGAUGCUAGCAAAGGGAUGGAAAGUCUAGAGGAUACUUUCGUAUCACAAGCCAAUGCUCUGCAAAGAAAAGGUCGAGCGGGCCGUGUUGCAUCUGGGGUCUGCUUCCAUUUAUUCACUAGCCAUCACUACAGUCACCAACUUUUAAAGCAACAGCUACCAGAAAUACAAAGAGUGCCAUUGGAACAGCUGUGUCUGAGAAUUAAAAUUUUAGAUAUGUUCAGUGCUCAUAAUCUCCAGUCUGUGUUCUCUCGGCUCAUUGAACCUCCACACGCUGAUUCUCUCCGUGCCUCAAAAAUACGAUUACGAGACUUGGGAGCAUUAACUCCAGAUGAAAAAUUGACCCCACUAGGCUACCACUUGGCCUCUCUGCCCGUGGAUGUGAGAAUCGGCAAACUGAUGCUGUUUGGGUCUAUCUUCCGCUGUUUGGAUCCUGCUCUCACCAUUGCUGCCAGUUUGGCCUUUAAGUCUCCUUUUGUGUCUCCUUGGGAUAAAAAAGAGGAAGCUAACCAGAAAAAGCUAGAAUUUGCAUUUGCAAACAGUGAUUAUCUGGCUCUUCUACGAGCAUAUAAGGGAUGGCUGCUAAGUACAAAAGAAGGUGCGCGUGCAAGUUAUAAUUACUGCAGACAAAACUUCUUGUCAGGAAGAGUUCUUCAGGAAAUGGCCAGCCUCAAGCGACAAUUCACUGAACUGUUAUCGGAUAUAGGGUUUGUAAAGGAGGGACUCAGAGCAAGGGAAAUUGAGAAAAGGGCCCAAGGAGGAGAUGGUAUCUUGGAUGCCACAGGAGAAGAGGCAAACUCAAAUGCUGAGAACCCCAAGCUGAUAUCAGCAAUGCUGUGUGCUGCUCUGUAUCCAAAUGUAGUGCAGGUAAAAAUCCCAGAAGGGAAAUUUCAGAAGACCAGUACUGGAGCUGUCAGAAUGCAACCCAAAUCAGCUGAGUUGAAGUUUGUUACGAAGAAUGAUGGCUAUGUACACAUUCACCCUUCAUCAGUGAACUAUCAGGUCAGACACUUUGACAGCCCCUACCUGUUGUACCACGAGAAGAUCAAAACUAGUCGGGUAUUCAUCCGGGACUGCAGCAUGGUGUCUGUGUACCCACUGGUCUUGUUCGGAGGAGGCCAAGUGAGUGUGCAGCUUAAAAGGGGAGAGUUCGUUGUCUCCUUGGAUGAUGGUUGGAUCCGUUUUGUAGCUGCUUCCCAUCAGGUGGCUGAAUUAGUAAAGGAACUUCGUUGUGAACUUGACCAGCUCCUCCAGGAUAAAAUAAAAAACCCGAGCAUAGAUCUGUGUACAUGUCCUCGAGGAUCCCGGAUCAUCAGCAUGAUUGUGAAACUUGUCACCACACAAUAAAGACCCGUUUUAGGAGAGUGCUUGCUGCUCACCUGCUUCCUGCUCACCUGGGAAAUAACAGCAGCAGCUCUACCUCGAACCACAGACCUGUGCUGGGCUGGCCCUGGAGAAGUAGCUCAGGCCGAGCCCACCAAGCGCUGAGGCACCACAUACCCUGGGGGGCCUUUUCCAGACAGUACUUCUAACAGAGCUGCAGACACUCCCAGCACAAUUUGGAGUGUCAGUGGUGAGACAGUUUAAAACCCAGCUUGCCUGCCUUUUUCUCUGUGAUUAUUCUGAGUGAAUGAAAUUCACCUGAAACACAAAAGUGAAUGUUUGAUACAACUCUGUUUUAAUCUGUAUAAUCCUUUUCUCUUGCUUUUUACUGGGGUAAGACAGGGGCAUGAGGAGAAAUACCCAUUGUUGAUAUUUUUUAGGUCAUAAAGGCUCAACUGAGAAGUAGAACAGAGAAGGAAAAAAAGAAAAACAGAAAAAAAAAUCAUGUUAGCAAGAAAAAUAAAAAUUUCAUUUUAGGCUGUUGGUUACUGAGUAAACAUGCUUUGUGAGGGAUUUUUAUUUGUACCCAUUAAAGGUCAGCUUAAACAAAUUUAAUGAGUUCUGUUUUGGUAUGAAGAUGCAAGCUGGUCUUGUCUGUAACAUUUCUGUUCUUAAAAGCACAACAAUCUGGGUGUGUUUGUUCUAUAAGUUCUCCAUUUAGUAAUCUACUCUCUCUUAUGAACUCACCCCCAUCCAAUGGCCAUAUUUCACAUUAUCCGGUGGAGAAUUUUAUGGUAUUCUGAGGGCAAAGUUGGCAUGGUUUUUGUAGAAAAGGUUGCCAUAAUAGUAUUAGAUGUACAGCCAUAAAAAUGUCCUCUAUGAAAUAGCUUGUUUUCAACUACCACUUAGGUUAAUGGGGCACUAGCAUUUUGAAAAAAUAUAAAUACAUUUACAAUUUCCCUGGGCAUUUUUCAGUGUGGCCAGGAGGAAUCCCAAAGAGCUGAGUGGAAAAAAUAUUCUGUUUGUCUAGACCUCAGGACAGAAUCACUACAGGUUUCAUACUGUAGAUAGAAUUCAAACACCUCAGUGAAGGGUGUUCAUUUUUCAAGGUAUUAUUUUAGUUAAGUUUUCAGGAAAUCUCCUAGGCUGUCCAAAAUAAUCAUUAUCAAGUGUGUUUAAGCUUUGGUACACUUGAAGAGCUUUACUCUAAGCAGUAUUUUUAAAAGGCCUCAAUUCAUGUCAUCACUUUAAAUUAAAAAUAUACAUAAGCACAGCACCCACAGAAUCCAAGUUCUGACUUACGGUUGAAACAAGGCUCAUAUUGCAGAAUUAAUUAAGCUGAGACCUUUAAAAGAAAUGAAGAAGAAAAUUGCGCUACCCUCUAAAAAAUUAUUUCAAACCCAGUUUUGACUCUUGGUGCUACAGUGGAGCUUAUGCUGCCCUAGCUAGAGCCAUCUGCCCAAGCAGACCUGCAGCUUUUAACACAUUUGCAGCAGAGCAUACAACUGGCAGGUAGUUAACGACAAAACAUUCCAUCCAGAGUGCUGAGAAAUUGCUCCCCUCAGGGAAGUCAGUUUUUGGACUGGUCACUUCCAGCCACAUACAAAUGCACAAAUACUAUUAUUUUAUAGAUGUGCCAGAAUGUGAAAAAGGUUGGGAAUCCUUGAUUUAAGGCACCAAAUAACAAAAUCCCCACCCCCAAAAUAACUUUGUAAGCUCAAUGUUAAAAUUAUGAAAUAAGAUUUCUAAUUUGCAAUUAAAGAUCAGAAUACGGUAUAGUAUGUCAAGGUGAAACUGGAUUUCUAAGCCCCAACAAGAUUGUCAACAUUUAAUGUAAUUUUAUGGAGAGCUUGGUAAAUGGUUUCUUAAAACAUUUGUUUUUCUUUUACUGGAAUGUAGCUAGGAAACAAUAUUAAUAAAGUACUUGCUAUGAAAUGA